UUUAAAUAAGAAUAGUAGCCGGGAUCUAGAGAUCUAUUGACUCUGGAAACGGCGCCGUUCGUAAGAGUCCUUCAAGAAGUAAAAGCGAAGUUCUUAAGACGGCAAACAGAGAAACAGAGAAAGCGAAGAAUCAAAUCUAUCAGAUCCCCAAGAUGGAAGAUUUUUGGAAGCGAGCGAAGUCAUUCGCUGAAGAAGCAGCUAAGAAAUCGCAAACCCUAACUUCGCCCAACAAAUUGGCCGAUCUUGUUGCUGAAACCGCCAAGAAGUCCAAGGAACUCGCUGUCGAAGCCACCAAGAAAGCCGAUGAGCUCAAAACUGCCGCUCUCAAACAAGCCGACCAAAUCCAAAUCCAAUCCAUCUCUAAGUCCAUUUCCGAUUUUAUCCCUCCUCAACUCUCCUCCCUAUCCAUUUCCUCUCCCGCCUCCACUUCUUCCGAUCCUUCUCCUAUCCCCGAGUCGGAGCUCCGCAAGUUCGGACUCACCGAUGAUUUGAGAGAUUUUGUCAAAGGCUUUACUUCUACUACUUUCCAGAACUUCCCUUCCCCUGUCCAAGUUUUAAAUUUCAUUGUAGACGAACCAGAGCCGUCCGAUUCGACUACUGCGGGGUCCAAUGUACGGAAGGAUCUGAGUGAAUGGCAAGAGAGGCAUGCCACUCUUGUUCUUACUACUGUGAAGGAAAUCAAGAAAUUGAGAUAUGAAUUGUGUCCUCGUUUGAUGAAAGAAAGGAAUUUUUGGAGGAUAUAUUUCACUCUUGUAAGCACUCAUGUUGCACCUUAUGAGAAGCAGUACAUGGAGGAAGUUAAACAGAGAGGAGUGGAGGGGGUAAAAGAGGAUAAACCUCAGCAAAAACCUGUUGUGAAGGCAGAGUCAGAAAGUAGUUUGAAGACUAAAACAUCAAGUGCAUCUGCCGAGCAAGAUUUGGACACAUUUUUGUUGGGAGAUUUUGAUAGCGAUGGUGGUGGAGAUGAUGCUGAUGCUGAUGCAGAUGGGAGCUUGGAUGAUGAUUUUGACAAGAUUGAAAAUUCUGUAAGAUUGAAUAACUGUAUACAUCCUGUUAUUAAGGUGCCCUAACUCCUAGUAGGAUGUUGAAGAUGAGAAGAAGAAUGCAGCAGGAACUAAAGCUUAGAAUGGGAGUAAGUCUGAUGGCGAGGAGAAGGGAUGGCAGAAGCUGUUAAAGAAAGGGGGUAGUCUGAGAAAAUGAUUUCAGUGUGUUUGGUUUAUGCAAAGAGAUAUUAUGAUAUUUUAUUCAUUUAUUUAAACGCAAGAAACAAUUAGAACAUCAUUACUUGCCUUGUACAGAGAAACUCAUUCUUAUUAAUCAGAUUGUUCUUGUUAAA